UAUAAAUAAAGCAGCUGCCUAAAUACCUAAACAGCAUCCCCAACUCUAAGUUUUUAUUGCAUUCCUUUUUUCUUUUUUCUAGCUUUUCUAUCAAUGGAAUUUCGUUAUGUUCCAAUCUUCGCUAUGGCGCUUGUUCUUGCUGUUGGAGCAACGAGACAUGUUGCUCUACCAGCAGAGAUGUACUGGACGUCUGUGUUCCCAAACACUCCAAUGCCCAAAGCCUUGCAAAAUCUUUUAAUCCCCCCUGCUGCUGCUGGAAAUUACAUGAAAAAUGCUUUGGCUAAUAUGAUCAAAAGGUACAAAGGAAAUAUGGCAGAGGGUAAUAGGAAUUAUGAAAACGCAGCAGGCAAUUCAAAACAAGAGUUUGGAGAUGGAAAUAUGGCAACCAAUAAGGACAUUUUCUUUUUUGAGAGUAAGCUUCGACCUGGUACUAAGAUGAACUUAAAGGUGCUAACCAGUAAAGCCAGCAAAACUGUUUUCUUACCGCGUCCAGUUGCGGACUCACUCCCCUUUUCAACUAAAAAGUUUGCGCAAGUCUUGAACUAUUUCUCGGUGCAACCAAAAUCUGCAGAAUCCAAAAUACUCAAAAAAAACAAUCGAGGAUUGUGAAACACCAACCAUUGAAGGAGAAGAUAAGUUUUACGCUACAUCAUUGGAGUCUUUCGUGGAUUUCGGUGUUUCUAAGCUAGGGAAAAACAUCCAGCUUUUGUCAGCUGAGUUGGAGAAAGAAACGCAAAACCCAGAGUUUAGUAUUGGUGAUCAGGGGGUGAAAUUGAUGGGAAAAAAGGAGAUAGUUUGUCACAAAAUGGAUUAUGCAUAUGCUGUGUUCUUCUGCCACUCAAUUGCUAAAACAGACGUGUAUAGGGUUCCAUUAGUUGGGGCAGAUGGGACAAGGGCUACAAUAUUGGCUAUUUGUCAUGAAGAUACUUUAGCUUGGAGCCCCGGACACUGUUGGGAAGAAACCGAACAACCGAAACAAAGCGAAAGCACAACCGGUAUUCUUUCUCUCCUUAUAACUCCUGUCAAAAAUUAUGGCAAGCACAAUAGCACAAGAUAUGUUCUCUAGCAACCUUAAUCAACACAAAUUAACUAAUGCAACCACAACAAAAAUAAAUAGAGACACCGGUAUUUUUACGUGGAAAACCCCUUUGAAUCAAGGGUAAAAACCACGGGACUUUAGAGUCCGAUCAAGAAUUCCACUAUCAUCAAAUGUUCAACUGCAAGAUCACAAUAUCAAGCCUACAACAAGCAUUCAACUCCAACAAGGCUAACAAUAUAUAAUCUUUAGCAAAAGAGAGAAAAAUGAGAGAAUAUCACCAAAAACGCAGCUGCUGAAAAAUGGGUAUUUUCGAUGCUAUAAGACUCAGAUGAAAAAUCCGACCGUACAAAGUCAAGAACACCUUAUCGCCUAGCUGCUGUCCAAAAAUCAGCUCAAUCGAACCACGGAUGAACCUUCGAUCGAAGAGUUGAUCACUACUGCACCAAACUUGAAAAACUGAAAUUUUUUUCUCUCUUUCUCUCUGUUUUAAUUUGAGAUUUUUUUUUUUGUUUUAGCUCUGCAAAAA